UUGCUCGAUGCAGUCCGCGAGUCCCUUCGCUAUUGGUGCGGCCAAGUAGAAAAGGAAACGCUCGUGUGUUGCGAGUUGUGGCAGCGUAGUAGUUGCUUCCGAAAGACAAAGAAAUGGUUCUGUCAAUUUAUUCAGCAGUGACAACAUUUAUGAAAUCGUUCGGCCACUGUUGUACCUGACUGGCGUACACGCGAAGUGGGAAUCGUGAGGACGAGCGGAGCAGGCGCUGCUGCUGCUGGCAGAUGGCGGGUUUGUCGUGUUUAGUGCUGGGCUUUUCGGAAUCAGCUGGCAGGACUUACGGAGUGUUUUCCAAAGGGUUAACGAGGACUCUCUUAAUAUUUUUCGAUCUUGCGUGGAGACUGAGGAUCAGGUUUCCUUAUCUCUACCUCAUCGCGUCUAUGAUGUUUAAUGUACGAUUGCAGGUACACAUUGAAAUACACUGACAGAGUAUUUCUACCAGUGCUCAAGAUCGCCCUCCAGCCCGUGUCUUGUGUUGUCUCGGUGAAGGCGGUCGUCCCAAUAACCCGAGUCGCCGUGGUGCUCAUCCUCUUAUCCAGUUCACCCAAAAAGCGUUUUCUCUCCUCUCCUUCUCCUUUCGGGGCAGGUCAACAGUGUUGUAACGUUAACAUGAAGUCUCGCAGUGACUGUCGCCGGUGUGAUGCGUUACAUGUGUUCGCAUCUGUACAUUCUUUAUAUGUGCAGCAUUUUAGAACAAGGACUGUCAGCCUUAUCCUGUCCCCCCAAAUACCUGAGCACUUUCAUGGCCUUUUUUCUUCUUGUGUAAAUGCCCUACACCUUAACCUGCACCUACACCGUAUUGGGGAGAAUCUGAUGUUUUUUGGAAAGAUUUUGACAGCGGAACUGUUAUGAGAAGAAUCGCUUUUUAUUUGGGAAACAUUGUGACCUAUGAAUGAUGCAACUUUAUGGAGUUGAAAUAGCCAAAUGGAUGUAUGGAUUUUAGCCUGGGGUAGAAGAAGAGGGCUCAUCAGUGCAGCUGUGUCACCAUGAAGAAACAAUGCAUCAGUGUGCAACACAAGCUAGUGUUGAGAAGAAACGCAGCAGUUUUUUCACACAAGUUACUGAGAACUAUAGACGGUAAUGCAAAUUUUAAAUGGUAGAUGGAAAAUAUUUUAAUAGCUUUUGUAGGGUUUUUGAGUUCUGUACAUGGAACCUUUGGUUUCUGCUGUUUAUCACAUUUCAAAUGGAAAUGAAUGUAAACUGGUUUAUUUUGAAAAAAAUAAAAUGUUUUUGU